CAACGGCCUAGAAUUGAGGCUGAUGGUCACGUGAUAUCACAAGAUGGCGAGUUCGUUAUGAAUACGGCGAUGUGGUCUUUCUAACGGCGGUGGAAGUUGUCAGCUAUUUCGCAUCAGUUAACGCACCAAGAAUGGCUCUAAAUGUAUUUGACCAUGAUGAAUACAGGCCGCCAGUGUGGAAAUCUUACCUGUAUCAGCUCCAGCAGGAGGCACCACAUCCACGGCGACUGACCUGCACCUGUGAGGUGGAUAACCGGCCCAAAUACUAUGGGAGAGAGUACCAUGGGAUGAUCUCCAGAGAGGAGGCUGACCAGCUGCUGAGUGUGGCAGAGGGGAGUUACCUCAUCAGGGAGAGCCAGAGGCAGCCUGGGACCUACACACUGGCCCUACGCUUUGGAAAUCAAACCAGGAACUUCCGCCUCUACCAUGAUGGGAAACACUUUGUCGGGGAGAAGCGCUUUGAAUCCAUCCACGACCUUGUGACAGAUGGGCUGAUCACGCUCUACAUCGAGACCAAGGCAGCAGAGUACAUCGCUAAGAUGACCAUCAACCCAAUCUAUGAGCACAUUGGCUACACAACACUCAACAAGGAGCCCACGCUGAAGAAACACUUGCCCGUGUGCCAGGAGGUUCCCGAUGGGCCUGCGCCACAGGGAGAGCGGGGUGACAAGGAGGAAGGGCUCACCUCGCUGGUCCGUCGAGCCACCCUAAAGGAGAACGACCACGCGACCAAGUAUGAGAAAGUCCACAAUUUCAAGGUGCACACCUUCCGGGGACCCCACUGGUGUGAAUAUUGUGCCAACUUCAUGUGGGGCCUCAUCGCUCAGGGAGUUAAAUGUGCAGAUUGCGGUUUGAAUGUCCACAAGCAGUGUUCCAAAAUGGUGCCUAACGACUGCAAGCCUGACCUCAAGCAUGUCAAGAAAGUAUACAGUUGUGACCUCACGACCCUGGUGAAAGCCCACAAUUCCAAGCGACCCAUGGUGGUGGACAUGUGCAUACAAGAGAUUGAGUCUAGAGGUGUUCAGUCUGAGGGCCUGUACAGAAUCUCAGGCUUCAGUGAUCUGAUUGAAGAUGUGAAGCUGGCUUUUGACAGAGAUGGUGAAAAGGCAGACAUUUCUGUGAAUGUGUAUGAAGACAUCAACAUAAUCACUGGCGCACUGAAACUGUACUUCAGGGAUCUACCUAUUCCUCUUAUCACAUACGACGCCUACCCAAGGUUCAUGGAGGCAGCAAAGAUCACAGAUCCAGACAAGCGAUUGGAGGCCCAUCAUGAAGCUCUGAAGCUGCUGCCACCUGCACACUGUGAAACACUGUGUUAUCUCAUGGCCCACUUAAAGAGGGUAACCCAAAAUGAGAAAGACAACCUGAUGAAUGCAGAAAACCUUGGAAUUGUUUUUGGGCCCACCCUCAUGCGUGCCCCAGACCUGGAUGCCAUGACGGCGCUCAAUGACAUCCGCUACCAGAGACAGGUGGUGGAGACGCUCAUAAAGAACGAAGACAUUCUGUUUUGAAAGGGGAUGACAAACAAUGAAGGAAUCUUAAAUCAUGAGUAAGCGAUUUACUCAUCAUUUAGAAAGGAGGAAGUGACAAUUUUGUUUUGUAUAUUUUUCCCUUUGUAAAACCAAGACUUGAAGAAUAAUGAAGGAGUAUUUGCGCCAUUGUACAUUCUCUCCCACUCCCAGUGAACCCUGUCUAAAGAGAUGUCUGAUGGGUUUGGAUCACGUACCUUAGACUUGUCUUUUGCAUGUUCAC